GUCGCCUCGACGCUACCACCUCUCUCAGUCGCUUCACGGUUUCCGGACACGGCGGACAAGCACAGGCAGAAAAUGCGUUUCGCGGCCGUGUGCAUCGCCUUCGUCCUGACGUGCACGAGCGGAUCGCUUGUCGCAGGUAUGCGAUACAUCGAUCCGCAACCGGGAAGUAACAGCGACAUCGGCAACAUCGGCAACAAACGACUGGAGCUGACCGAACCGUCGUGCGAUGAACUACGCGCCAUGUGGAGGUACACGAAGAGACAAAGCAGAGCCGCUAAAACCACCAAUAGAUACUCAGUGUACCCGUUCAAUCCUAAUAUAUGGCCGCGUGACAAGCUUCCCCAGCGUUCUAUAUAUUCUAGCGGAUACAUGCGAGAUGUCGUCGCACCUACACGAUUGAAAUUCCGGGAAGAAUUGGAAGGGAGAUACUCUGGACGACCGCGCAGCCGAGCCGCCGGGGGCGCGCCGAUUUACGGAAGGAUGGUGCAUAAAGCCCCGGCAGGGAGCAGAUGGCGAAGCGGGAUGCAUGGACCCUCACGCGCAAAAGCCAUAGAGGAAUUGGCGCGAAAUUAUGGAAUAGUAAAUACGGGACCGUAUUCGCCGAGCGUCACUAGCUUCCGCAUCGGCGGCGGUAUGCCCGCAAGAACGCAGGUCCCUCAAACAGGCAGUUUCGAAGCGCUCAAAGAUCUCAUCAAGGCCGAAAGGGCACGCGAGUUACAGGAGCAACAUAUAACCGAAGAGAUGGAAGCAAAAAUUGCCGCUUUUAAAGGGAGAGACCGGAUAAGCGAAGAACCGAAUAGACAACAAUCACGAAAACAGUUCUCCAACCGAUUCUUAGAAAUGAUGACACCGAAAGUCAAUUACGAUGAUUACAAUCUGCAACGUUAUUCGCCCAACACUGGUCGGGCUUGGUCGAGGAGCGCGCCUCUCUCGCGAGAAUACAUAUCACCUUAGUAUGCUGCGAAUUGUUGCAAAGGAACGAUACAAAUCCGAAAACUGCCGCAUGCAUACUAAUGUUUGUGACUGCUCUAUACGACGCAACUGCGGCCAGUUAUGGUUAUCACAACGAAGCUGCAAUUGCAAGAGUAAACAACGCUCAUUUCGAAGAUCCUAUGCAUUCUGAAGAUCUGGACAUCUGCGCAAACUAUUAAAUCUGUGUCAACAAUAAGUAAGUGCAGACAAAAGUGCAUUUUAACCCAAUAUCGACUUUUAUCAAGAAACUUUUUCAGCGAAAAGUCCGAUUCUCCAACAUACUAAGAAUUUUCAAUCCAAGCCAAUGUUUGGGGAAAAAAUAAUAAAUAUUGAAACGGAUUAAGUAGCAUUUAUUGGGUUAAAAGCGCCAAAGUUAUUCUUCCUGAAUGUCAGAAUAUCGCAUGCAUAUCGCUAAUGCAAAUAGAAUUAAAAAUAUGCAUGAGAUAAAACAAUUUAUUUACAUAUCGGAUCGCACUUUAAUUGAAAAGAUGCAUGCAUUUUUUCGAUGCUUCCUAUAAUUGUGCAGUCCGAUAUUUCGCAACGGCAUUGAAACGAAUAAUUUGACAUAAUAAAUAUUUUCAUGGAUUUGCAUUUUCAAAGAUUUUAAAUGUUCUCUGUAUUUGAAAUUUUUGCAAAACAACAAACAUAGAAAAAAGAGAGAAUAAUGAUUUCCUAAAUUUAUACACAAUAACAAUACACAAUGCUUGAUUUUAUAGAGAAACUUAGGAAUACAAAACAAAUUCCUUUUCCUUGUCUUGUGAUAAUUUAAAGAAAGAACUGCGAGUUUUAAAUCAGAUAUAAUAAAACUGUAAUUUUUUGAAAUCUCGAGUAUAUUAAAGAUAAUAUACAUUUUUUCGUGAUAAUAUAAAGAACAAUAUUUCAUUUAAAUAAAUUUAACUUCAUAGAAAAAUGGAAAAUUUUACUCCCGGAUUUGUUUCUCUUAAAAAAAUAAUUCUUUUAUCUGUUUUUUAUUAAAAAGAUCUCUAAAAAUAAAAAAAACGGAUUUUUCCAUCAAAAAUAUGUUGUCAGAAAAUUGUCAAAUAUUUCGCAAAAAUACAAUUCAAUGCAGUUGCAUAGAUUGGGUCGCAUAUUGCAGCUUUCACGUGCAGAAUUUUAACAUUAUUUCGGAGAACGUCGCCUAAAUAUCAUAUCAGUGCUUAAUAUUAUCAAAUAAAAAAUAUAAAUACGAUACAAUCAUUUUAUUCAAUUUAAAUAUAGUAGAUCACAUAUUUUACUGUUACUGUUUAUUUAUUAUUAAUUAAUUAUUGUUAUUAAUUUAAUUUUUCAAUAUCGUAUCCAUAUUAUCCAUGUUGUAACAAAUCACAAAAUGUUAGAAAAAAAAUUGAGAAUCGUUAAAUAAUUUACAUAAAUAUCUAAAAAAGAAGCAUAUAGAUUAAGAAAUUUAUUUUAUUGUAGCUUUAUUUUUCUCUAAACUACUGUUUCAUUAUUCGUCAUUGCCUGAAAAAAAAAAAAAAUAUUAGCGCGUUGUGUGGCUCGAUUAAACCAUAGCAAAAUAUUUUCGAAGAUAUUUGCACGUGAAUGUUUGCAGUUAUGUGCAAGAUAAAAAAUAUCACACAUCCUGGCUUCCUCCAACAACAUUUAAAAACUAAAUACUUGGACAAUAAACUAGUAAGACUUAUAUCUCUAACAAAUUUUGACAUUGUACAUUAACUUAAUGUAAGAAACUCUAGUAUAUUCUUCGAUAAUCCAUCAAAGUGCACUAUGCUGUGCCAAUGUAUAUUGGAGAAAUGAAAGACAAUAAUUACUCUUAAGAGAAAAUUUGUGCGUACAAUACUUCUGUGUUCUUAAUACGAAAAUAUACGCCUAUAUUGCGGGGAAAAAAAACUAAAAAAAAAAAAAAAAACAAAACAAAAAAAAAAAACAAGAAAA